AUGGUGCGCUGCGCCUCCCAGGCCGAGGGCCGCGACCCCCGCUCCGCCCCGCAGCUGCCUGGGUGCCCCCCGGACGGCCCCGCGCCCUCGGCGUCCUGCCAGCUGAGACCCUGUAUUAUCAACUAUGUGAAGAUCAACACGGAUAACCCGGGCUCUCCUGUGUACCUGAACGUGAGGGCUGAGAUCACCAUCAAUGCCACCUUCCGCAUCGACUGCGCCAUCGCCACCAGCCUCCAGCAGACAUGGGGGGUCUUUCCCGUGAAGGCUGUGGGCGACGUGCCCGACUGGAAUAACCCUUUGGACUUGCCACACCUAGAGAUGAGAGGAGGCCCGGAAAUUUUGUACGUCCCCCGAGACACCUUGGUUUUGGGCGUGUACAUGUUCAAUUUCACACUGUCCGUCAGCACCAUAGACCCUAAGAACUCUCAAGUGACAGACUCCGAUGCCAUAUACCUCUGCGUUGUGAGAAGCCCCCUCAAAGCGGUUAUUCUUGGGGAUGCCAACAUAACGCUGGGUUUCAAGGACUCGCUGACCCUGGAUGGAGGCCAGUCCUGUGACCCAGAUGCCGACAUCCCCAGGGAGGACCUCCAUUUCUUCUGGUACUGCACCACAAGUCCAAACAACUAUGACGACCAAGGCCAAGUCACGGUGAUGGGCAGUGAGGUCUGUCACCCGGAGCAGGCCACCCUCAAGUGGCCUUGGGCCUCUGGCCCUGUACUAAAACUGUUGCCAGAAACACUGAAAGGUGACCAGGUGUACUUUUUCCGGAUGGUGAUACAAAAGGCGGACAGAACAGCGUUUGCUGAUAGAAGGGUUCACGUGCUCCCAGGCCCGUUACCCAAGGCACACCUUUCGUGUAUUGAAAACUGUGACAGGUCUUUAAUUGUGUCAGAUAGAUUUUCUUUGUUUCUGAAUUGCACGGGUUGCACAGGCCGUGACUCCUACAACUGGUCGAUUGUGAGUGCUUCUGGUGCUGAAGUGGCAUUUGAUUGGUUGGGGAAGACAGUAACAGGGAGGAAUACUGCUUAUCUGUCUGUAAAAGCUUUUGCUUUUAGUCAUUUUUUGGAAAAUGAGUUUGGGGCUAGUCUACACGUGGCAAGUUGGAGUGGCUUCAUCUUGACCUUCAAGUAUUCCUUUAUUAUUAACAAUGGCCCUGAGAUCGGACAAUGCAAAAUUAAUCCAGCUCAGGGAAUUGCCCUCUUUACUAAAUUUGUUGUCCAGUGUGAUGGUUUCGUGGACAAGCACUUGCCUCUGACAUAUAAAAUAAUAGUUUCUGAUUUGUACGGAAUUGGUGAGAUCAGUUCGGUAGUAGAAAACACCUUGGGAACCAUCUUGUACUUUGGGACGAAGUCCACCACACCCCCAUCCUUCCUCCCCGUGGGCGAGUUGGCUAAUCAUUACGCCAUGAAGGUACAUGCGCAGGUCUACGACUCUCUGGGAGCCUUUUCUCAGGUGACUCUGCGCACUGCUGUGCAGCCUCCGACCGUCAGCAACUCUUCCAAGACAGUGCUGGCUCAGUUACUCGGUCUCACCAAGGGUCCAACUUCAUUGCUGUCUACUCUGCUUCAAAAGCAGCACUUUCUACCUGCAGGUUACUUAAUGUACAUGGUAGCUUCCAUUUUGAAUACGAUGAAAACCGACUCCACUCUCCAGGACGACAAAUCCCAUCUCCAAGAACACCUUGUCAACCAAUCUUUUGUUCUUCCCCUAAGCACUCUGGAGGGCAUGAGCCAGGUGGUCACAACUAUCACUAAGUUAACCCAGUCAGCCUCUGGAUUCACUGGAGUUGCUAGGAAACACGCCACAGCGAGGAUAUGGCAAGCAAAUCAAGCCCUACAAGAGUAUCGGCGGCAAGAUCAACGCUUCCGCUCUGAACAAAUAGAGAUCGUGAGCACUGGCAUAUUGACGAGUUUGUCUAAUUUCCUGAAACUGGCCACUCGUCACGAGCUGGUUAAAGACCCUUUUCACAUAGCAGAGUCCCUGUCAGAAACAGUAUUGGCUAGCAAAGUGCCGGGGAACGAAACCACUAUACUGAGCACCCCCAACUUGAAAAUGUAUGUCCAGAAAGUUGAAAAGCAGGAUGUUGCGCAGGUCUUCAGAGAUGAAAAACGCUGCCCUAACUGUUUCCAUCCAGCGCUGAAUGCAAGCAGCGCCCCUGCCCUGCCUGCCAACGCUCAUGUCUCCACGAUGUUCUGUGAGUUUGCAGGUGAUCCCUUCCCUUGGCUAAACUUUCAGGAAAACAUUUCAACACAGGUGGUUGGAUUCAGAAUGACAGGAGCCAGAGACAAAGAUAACACGGUAGAGGUCACACCCGACGUAGCAGAAGUGUACCUCAUCAGAAAAAACUUGACCUUUGAAGCUUUUAAUCUCACAGUGGGAUGGGACACCGAGGGUGAUGAGUCCUUGAAGAAGACGAGGGGGGCGUUUAGCUUUGACGUGGACACCAGCACAGGUAGGGAGGUGCUGGUUCACAUUGUGACAAAGGUGACCUUGCUGUUCCAGGUGUCGGUGUAUGCAGGUAGUCAGGUCGCCCCAAGUGCUCUGGUUGCCUCCUUCCUGGUGCCUAAUAACAUCCCUCCAGUUGCCAACCAGAGUGGCCUGUUCAACCUGGCCUGUCCAGUGAAGCAGGCCCGUGUGGUGUGCCUCCCCGCGGCCCUGCUCCAAGGCAUAGCUCAGCGCAGCCACUCGGCCAGGUGCACCAUAUCCAUGCUACUACAGGCACCCCGUUUUGUCCUGAAGCCCAAUAGCAAGCUAGUGAGAAUUCACCUUUUCAGUGUUCAGUGCUUAGACAUGCGUGGGAUCCAGAGUGAGUGGAGAGGAGACAGCUGCGCUCUGGGCGAGAAGACCUCUUCGCACACAGUGCACUGUGUCUGCAAGAACGUAGUAAGGGCCCGGCGGCAGCUGGGGCCAGUCAGAUUCUCCAACCUUCACCUGCAUACCCGCUACGUGGCGGCCAAGAUGAUUGUGAUCCCUAAUCCUGUGGAUCUGCAGAUAAAGCUCAUCCAGAAACUGAACCAAAACCCGGUGUCUGUCUUCUUUGUGCUCUUAAUUAUGCUCAUCUACAUCGUCCUUGCUUUCUGGGCCUUGCACAGGGAUGAGAUAGACAAUUUCCUUCGGGACCGCGUGAUAGUUCUACCCGAUAAUGAUCCUUACGAUAACAUAUGCUACCUGGUCACUGUGUUCACAGGAAGCCGUUGGGGGUCUGGGACCAGGGCCAACGUCUUCAUGCAACUUAAGGGAACAGCGAGUACCAGUGACGUGCACUGCCUGAGCCAUCCACAUUUUAUCUCUCUCUACCGAGGAAGCAUCAACACUUUCCUCCUAACGACAAAAAGUGACUUGGGGGACCUCCAUUCCAUUCGUGUGUGGCAUAACAAUGAGGGCCAUGCACCUAGUUGGUAUUUAAGUCGAAUCAAAGUGGAAAAUCUGUUCAGCAGACACAUUUGGCUGUUCAUCUGCCGGAAAUGGCUUUCUAUCGAUACGACUUUGGACAGAACGUUCCAUGUCAUCCACCCAGAUGAGCCUCUGGCCAGGAAGGACUUCUUCUUGAUAGAUGUGAGUAAUAAGCUAAAGAAAGGCCACAUGUGGUUCUCUGUUUUUGCUGAUGUUGUUGGUAAAUCGUUCAACAGGCUCCAGAGACUGUCAUGCUGUUUGGCGGUGUUGCUGAGCUCCCUUCUUUGUAAUAUUAUGUUCUUUAACCUAAGCAAAGAACAAACGGAGGGGUAUGAGAUGCGCUACAUCAGAUCAAUGAUGAUAGGAAUCGAAAGCGUCUUAAUUACAGUCCCUGUGCAAUUAUUAAUCACUUUUUUGUUCACCUACUCCCAAAAGAAACCUCGAGUGGCUCUGAAUGAGGUCGCUCCUCAAACGCACCCGCUGUUGUCAGAAAAACGUAUACACUGGGGAGAGCGUUUGGAGAAGUGGCACGCUUAUGAAGCGCGCGCCAGGAAGGCUGCAAAGCGCGCUUCUACGAGGAAGCCUGGACUUCCCAAGGCUUCUAAUCGGAGCACCUUCAAACCGGCGCACCAGCGUACCAAAGUGGAAACAAAGGCCCCAGAGACCCGUGGAAGAAAUACGAAUUUCAGUAACAAAAACGUACAAGACCAUCAUGACGUUUAUUCAGAAGGGGGCUUUCCCCAAGAGCACCUGAACCCUAUACCUGUUGAGAAAAAGCCUUCGAUCAUCCUGCCUUGGUGGUGUGUUUACAUAGCAUGGUUCUUGGUUUUUGCCACUUGUAGUAUAUCGUCCUUCUUCAUCGUCUUCUAUGGACUGACCUACGGCUAUGAGAAGUCAGUAGAAUGGGCCUUCGCUUCUUUCUGUUCAUUCUGUCAGUCCAUCUUCCUGGUGCAGCCAUGUAAAAUUACACUGCGGUCAGGUUUCAGAACAAGUCGGCCCAAGUACUGCAAAAAUCUUUCAUGGACAACUGGGUACCAUUAUACUGAGAUCAAGUUGGAGGAGAUCAGGAUGAAUCCAGAGGAAAUGCAGAAGCUCCAUGAACGUAUUGUCUACAUCCGAGGCACGAGGAUGUACCAACCUCUCACAGAGGAUGAAAUCCAAAUAUUCAAAAGAAGGAAGAAGAUCAAGAGAAGAGCCAUCUUGUUCCUGAGUUACCUCGUAACUCACUUUAUCUUUCUAGCCCUUCUCUUGAUCCUCAUCGUCCUGCUCCGCCACAGCGACAGCUUUUACUAUAACCAAUUCAUUCAUGAUCAGUUCUCUGAGGAUCUUGCUACCGUGACUAAGCUGAAAGACAUCUACAAAUGGCUAAACAGUGUGCUGUUGCCUUUGUUCCACAAUGACUUGAAUCCAACAUUUCUUUUUGAUGGUUCAUCUAUGAUCCUUGGCCUUCCACUGAUGAGACAGGUGAGGGCAAAACCGAGUGAAAAAAGAUGUCUGCCUGCUGAAAGCUUUGUGCCAAGCAGUGUCUCAAGAGAAACCCAUUGUCAUCCCGAAUAUGGCAUUGACCCUGAGGACACAAAGAGCUAUUCUCACUCUUGGAAUGAAAUUGGUAAGCGGGAUGUAGAUAAGAAUGCCAGUGGGUUUACUUAUAAGCCUCAAGAGGAGAGAUGGGUGUAUUAUUCCUAUGGACUGUUACAUACCUAUGGGUCCGGAGGAUAUGCAUUCUACUUUUUUCCAGAACAGCAACAGUUUAAUUCCACAUUGAGGCUCAAAGAACUCCAAGGAAGCAACUGGCUUGAUGAGAAGACUUGGGCUGUGAUUUUAGAGCUUACAACUUUCAACCCAGAUGUAAAUCUCAUCUGCAGCAUCUCGGUCAUAUUUGAGGCCUCUCAGUUGGGAGUUGUCAACACAAGCAUAUCUGUAUACUCGUUCACACUUGCUGAUUUCAACAGACAAACUUCCGCAGAGAUCUACUUGUAUGUAGCCAUUCUCAUUUUUUUCCUAGCCUACAUUGUUGAUGAGGUCUACAUCAUUACACAAGAAAGAGCCUCCUAUGUGAGAAGUGUGUAUAAUUUGCUCAACUUCGCCCUGAAGUGCAUAUUUACUGUACUGAUUAUGCUCUUUUUCAGAAAGCAUUUCUUGGCCACAGGCAUAUUUCACUUUUACUUGUCAAACCCCGAUGACUUCGUUCCCUUCCAUGCAGUUUCUCAAACAGAUCACAUCAUGAGGAUAAUUUUGGGGUUCCUCUUAUUUCUGACGAUUCUGAAGACCCUCCGGUAUUCUAGAGUCUUCUAUGAUGUGCGCCUGGCUCAGAGGGCCAUCCAGACCGCCCUUCCUGGCAUCUGCCACAUGGCACUUGUGGUGUCUGUGUACUUCUUCGUGUACGUGGCUUUUGGUUACUUGGUAUUCGGUCAGCAUGAAUGGAACUACAGUAACUUCCUUCAUGCCACCCAAACCAUACUCUCGUAUUGCGUGUCUGCUUUUCAGGACACCGAGUUUUCCAGUAACAGGUUCCUAGGGGUCCUGUUCCUCUCAUCUUUCAUGCUGGUGAUGAUCUGCAUCUUGAUCAACUUAUUUCAGGCUGUGAUCCUGUCAUCCUAUGAUGAAAUGAAGCAGCCCGUGUAUGAGGAGCCAUCUGAGGAGGCAGAGGCCAUGGCGUAUCUGUAUCGUAAGCUAAGAGAUGUGUUUAGCUUUCUGACCUCCCAGCCACAGGCCAAAGAAGAGCCUGUGUUCAUCACCAACAUGCUGUAUGGGCAGCCAGCGAAGAAGAGCCAUCGGUAUCUGGGGCUGAAGACCAGGAACAUCAAUGGGAAGAAAAUGGUUUACCUCGUGGUUUGAUCAGUAAAAAUUUCAAGAUCUACACACGAGUCUCCCCAAGUGCUAAGUCUGUGGGAUUAAGGACCAUUUAGUAGUGCAGUUAUGCGCUCUACCCACAUGCUAUACAGAACAUACCCCUGCAUCUGGAAGUGUCCCCUCUCCCGGCCUCUGCUUGGGGGAACAUGAAAGUAGGCAUUCAUGUAGCAUCUGUGAAGAGAGGAGGACCAUGACGUGGGAUUUCUGGAUUGAUUCCCCCUUAGAGGGGAAUCUCAUGACUCCUGGUACAGGGGCAACCCUCUUCCCUUUGAAGCCUGCAGCAGUUCACAGGAGUUAAACCACUGGUUUUAAGACCGUUAAGGACGACAUGAAGGAGGCUCUGCACUGGACCUGGCCAGUGUAGGUAUUCUCCUGCUGCUUCUGUGUUCCACCCAGCUGGAAGCCAGUGGCCCACGGUUCCGGUAUGCAAAGCCCAGGUCCCUCAGCCCGGCUGAGAGUCUGCUGGACAACCGGGGCCGUGGAGCAGCCCCUGCCAGUCUUGCUGGGCCAGGGCUGAAGGGCCUUGUGUGGAGUUCCAGGAUUUGCCCUUGUGCUUGGAGAGGCAGAGAUGGGAACCAGGGUCAGAGGCCUGAAGCUGCACAUUUGGUCCUUAAGGCUGCUGCAAGUUAAAGUAAAAUUCAAUGACACUUUCUGACCAAGAGACAUGACUUUCGGUAAUAGGUGCGUACAGGUUCACGCUGAAAUAUAGCAAAUGUUCUACAUACUGCAUAUAGCAGUGUACACCCAGGACUCGGGCGGGUUAUUUAUGGCAUGGAGAAUUGUUUAGGAAUAAGGAAAAUAUGGUUCAUUGUUUAAGAGAAACACAGACUAACAGCUGUUAUAUUUUUCACUUAGAAGCAUGUUUG